AUGAGAGUGGCAGUGAUUGGUGCUGGGAUUAGUGGUUUGGUUUCAGCUUAUGUUCUUGCAAAAGAAGGGGCGGAGGUGGUGUUGUUUGAGAAAGAUGACUACUUGGGCGGCCAUGCCAGGACUGUCACAUUUGAUGGUGUUGAUUUGGACCUUGGCUUUAUGGUCUUCAAUCGUGUAACCUAUCCAAAUAUGAUGGAGUUGUUUGAGAGACUUGGGGUAGAUAUGGAGACAUCUGAUAUGUCCUUCUCAGCGAGCUUAGACAAAGGGCAAGGCUGUGAAUGGGGCAGUCGAAAUGGCUUGUCAAGCUUGUUUGCACAAAAGAGGAACUUGUUCAAUCCAUACUUUUGGCAAAUGCUUCGAGAAAUCACCAAGUUUAAACAUGAUGCAAUCAAUUACCUUGAGGAGCUCGAGAACAACCCGGACAUUGAUCGCAAUGAAACCUUGGGGCAGUUUAUCAAGUCACGAGGCUACUCUGAAUUAUUUCAGAAGGCUUAUCUUGUUCCAGUAUGUGGUUCAAUCUGGUCUUGCCCUUCAGAAGGGGUUAUGAGCUUCUCAGCCUUCUCUGUUCUCUCAUUUUGUCGAAACCAUCAUCUACUUCAGCUAUUUGGCCGCCCACAGUGGCUUACUGUCAGAUGGCGUUCACAUUGUUAUGUCAAGAAGGUCAGAGAAGUGCUGGAAAGUUGCAGUAUACUCUCUGGUGAUGGUUUGGAGGAAAUAUACGAUGGCUGCAUAAUGGCUGUCCACGCCCCAGAUGCCGUGAGAAUACUAGGAGACCAGGCAACAUCAGAUGAGUUGAGAGUACUUGGUGCUUUCCAAUAUGUAUACAGUGAUAUUUUCCUGCAUCGUGACAAAACUUUAAUGCCCCAAAACCCAGCAGCGUGGAGUGCAUGGAAUUUUCUCGGAAGUAAUGGCAACAAAGUAUGCUUGACAUACUGGCUCAAUGUGCUUCAGAACAUUGAUGAAAAAGGUCUACCAUUUCUUGUGACUCUAAACCCAGAUCAUACACCAGAACAUACCUUGCUUAAGUGGUCAACAAGCCAUCCAGUCCCAUCUGUUGCUGCGUCGAAAGCUUCUGUUGAGCUUCAUCGCAUUCAAGGAAAGAGAGGAAUUUGGUUUUGUGGAGCAUACCAGGGUUAUGGCUUCCAUGAGGAUGGACUAAAGGCUGGAAUGGCUGCAGCACACGGUAUUCUUGGAAAAGGAUGUUCCCUCUUGAGCAACCCAAAACACAUGGUUCCGUCACUGACAGAAACAGGGGCACGCCUUUUUGUUACUAGGUUUCUUAGACAUUAUAUAUCUACUGGAUGUUUAAUUUUAUUAGAGGAAGGAGGUACAAUUUUCAACUUUGAGGGAACCAGAAAAGGGUGUUCUCUAAAAUGCGUUCUUAGAGUUCAUACUCCUCAGUUUUACUGGAAGGUAAUGACACAGGCUGAUUUAGGCCUUGCAGAUGCCUAUAUCAACGGGGAUUUUUCUUUCAUUGAUAAAGACAAAGGCCUUCUAAAUCUUUUUAUGAUUCUCAUUGCCAACAGAGAUUCAAAUUCUUCUGACUCAAAAUUGAACAAGAAAAGGGGAUGGUGGACGCCAUUGUUAUUCACAGCUAGUAUAGCCUCAGCAAAGUACUUCUUUCAGCAUGUUUCAAGGCAAAAUACUCUCACACAGGCGCGCAGGAACAUCUCUCGUCAUUAUGAUCUGAGUAAUGAUCUAUUUUCGCAGUUCUUGGAUGAAACAAUGACAUAUUCCAGUGCUGUAUUUAAGACUGAAGAUGAAGAUUUAAAGACUGCACAGCUAAGGAAAAUCUCUCUUCUCAUUGAAAAGUCUAGAAUUGAGAAGAACCAUGAAGUUCUAGAGAUCGGAUGCGGUUGGGGAAGCUUAGCUAUUGAAGUUGUCAAACAAACUGGUUGUAAAUACACUGGCAUCACUCUGUCUGAGGAACAACUCAAAUAUGCACAAAAGAAAGUGAAAGAUGCUGGCCUUCAGGACCGCAUCAGAUUUCUUCUGUGCGACUAUAGGCAACUUUCUAACUACAAAUAUGACAGAAUUAUAUCUUGCGAGAUGCUUGAAAGUGUGGGGCAUGAAUUUAUGGACGAAUUUUUUGCUUGCUGUGAAUCUGUGCUAACAGAUAAUGGCCUUCUUGUUUUACAGUUCAUAUCAAUACCGGAUGAACGUUACGAUGAGUACAGACGAAGUUCAGACUUCAUAAAGGAAUAUAUUUUUCCUGGUGGAUGUCUACCUUCAUUAAGUAGGGUAACAUCAGCAAUGGCUGCUUCUUCCAGACUCUGUGUGGAGCACUUGGAAAACAUUGGAAUCCAUUACUACCAGACACUGAGAUGUUGGAGAAAAAAUUUCUUGGAGAGACAUAGUGAAAUACUGGCUCUUGGGUUCAAUGAGAAUUUCAUCCGGACAUGGGAAUAUUAUUUUGAUUACUGUGCUGCUGGUUUUAAGACAUAUACGCUUGGAAAUUACCAGAUUGUGUUUUCGCGUCCUGGCAACACUCCGGCCUUCACCGACCCAUACAAAGGCUUCCCUUCAGCUUCAGCAUAUUGA